ACCCACGCGAAAAACCCUUAAAGCUUUUUCGUUGCCCCCUUUCUGGUUCUUCCCGGUAUCACAAAAUUGAUUCAUUCGGAUCCCGGCUAACGGAUAAAAGUGCAUGUCAUCUUCGACAUCUACAUCACGGGCACUUGGACUCUCCUAGAAAACCCUAACUCAAUUCCAAUACCUUGGCGCCAUGGGAGACUACAACGAUGCGUUCAUGCGCAACCAAAACUCAGCAGUUCAGGCCCGCACCAAGGCGCAGAACCGUGCCAAUGUCCUCCAGCUCAAGCUGAUUGGGCAGAGUCAUCCUACUGGUUUAACCAACAACCUCUUGAAACUCUUUGAGCCGCGACCUCCAUUGGAGUUUAAACCACCUCCAGAAAAACGCAAAUGCCCGCCGCUGACAGGUGUAGCGCAGUUUGUGAGUAAGUUUGCUGAGCCUGGAGAUCCUGAGUAUGCCCCACCUGUCCAAAAGGGUGAAACUCCUGUAGAAAGAAGGGCUAGAAUACACAAGUUAAGACUUGAGAAGGGUGCAGAGAAAGCAGCAGAGGAGCUAGAGAAAUAUGAUCCUGCUAAUGACCCAAACGUUACUGGAGAUCCCUACAAGACUUUGUUUGUGGCUAGACUUAAUUAUGAGACAACUGAGAGCAGAAUUAGAAGGGAGUUUGACACAUAUGGGCCUAUCAAGAGGAUUCGAUUAGUUACUGCUAAAGAUUCAAAUAAGCCCAGAGGUUAUGCAUUCAUUGAGUACAUGCAUACACGGGACAUGAAAGCUGCAUAUAAACAAGCUGAUGGAAAGAAGAUCGAAGGUAGAAGGGUGCUUGUUGAUGUUGAACGUGGUAGAACUGUUCCAAAUUGGAGACCUCGCCGAUUGGGUGGUGGGCUUGGAACUACAAGGGUUGGAGGUGAAGAAGUUAAUCAGAGGUAUUCUGGGAGGGAGCAACAACAAUCAGGAGGACGACCACAGUCUGAGGAGCCAAGGGUGAGAGAGGAUCGGCUUGGAGAUCGGGAUAGGGAAAAAUCACGGGAAAGGGGAAGGGACAGGGAGAGAGAACGAGAGAAGUCACGAGAGAAGUCACAUGAACGCUCUCGCUCGCAUGAUAAGUCUAGGGAUCGUGAUCAUAGGGAGGACAGACACCACAGGGAUCGUGAUAAGAACAGGGACAGAGAUAGAGAAAGGGAAAGAGAUCGUGGUCGUGAACGUGACCGGCCUCGUGAACGUGAUAGAGGACGGGAUCGUGGUCGCGACUAUGAGCGUGACCGGGAUAGAGAUAGAGAUCGAGAGCGUGAUCGAGAUCGCCCUCGUGAAAGGGACAGGGAUUAUGAUGUUGAGGAACCUGAUAAUGACCACAACCGGUUCCGUGAUAGGGAGUCAAGGGACCACGACCGACAUGGUGAAAGAGAGCGGGAUUAUGAUCAUGCUGCACCAGAAGAUGAUCAAGGGUGGUAUGAGCAACCAGAGCAUGAGCACUAUGAGCGUCGUCGUGGGCAGUAUGAUAAUUUGGAGGUUCAGGAUAACGAUGACCGUUAUGAUCAUUAUCAUGAGCAUGGAAACGAUCGUUAUGAUCGAACAGAUGAUUACCAUUAUGAACGUGGACCAUCUGAGUCACGGGAGAGAACUCGAGAUCUGGAUCGCGAGCAUCGUCGCUCAGAAAGGUCACUUUCUCAGGAGUACGAGUAUUAGACUUGUACCUCCAGAUUUUCACUCUGCAUUUGAUCAAUGCACGGUAUAAUAUGUGUUGCUGCUGAUGCGUUUCAUGUAGUCUCUUUUGUGGUUCUCAGCUAAAUUUUAUAUGUACUUGUGCUUGAUGGUUUUGCGACCAACAAGAGAUUAUUUGCUUGAUUUUGCUACUUUAUUGUUGGUCGUCUUGGCAGUGUAGUUUUUGUUUUAUUAGACUGGGAUUCAUAAUUCACUUUUGUUUUGGUGAAAGGGGAUACGUAAUUCUCAUGCUUGUAGAUGUCGGGCAUUUCAAAUUUCUAAAUGUUUGGAUGAUUUUCUGUAUUCAGUUAUGGGUGUUAUCAGAAGUCGUUGGCAAUGGUUUCUAGAAGAA